GCAAGCUCAACAUGACUCCUAACGCCACUGCUGUAUCUGCUCUGACUUAUGCGCCCCGCACCGUGGCCAUGAGAAAAGAAGCAAACGAACUGAGAAGAACUUUAAAACCCUUACUGGAAAAGAAACGACGAGCGCGCAUCAACGAGAGCCUCAGUCGAUUAAAAGCGCUCAUUCUCCCUCUCACAGGCAAAGAUAAUCGCCGUUACUCUAAACUGGAGAAAGCUGAUAUUUUGGAGAUGACCGUCAGAUUCCUGACUGAUAUUCAAUCCAUUCCGUCUAAAGAUAGCGCCGAUAGCUUUAAAGCGGGGUAUGCAGCUUGGCUCCAGCGCGUUCCAGCGCGCCUUCCGCAAACCGGACUCGACGCAGAAACCCGCAAUCGCAUCAACGAGUUAAUCGAGCAUUCAGUGAUGCCCAAGACCCCAGCCUGCCAGAACUGCUGUGCACAGAGCUCCAAAAUGAUGACACAAAUCCAACAAAGACUCCUGAAUUUGAAAUCUAGCAGCUCAAGAAUCGUAACCCCGGAAAAAAGCGACGCUGCGAUUCCCAGUCGACCUCAGCCUGUGCCACUGAUCACCGAUGCCAAAGUCUGGAGGCCUUGGUAGACCUACCGUACAAUUGACUGCUGUUAUGAUCUUUUUAAUGCAAGCCUUUUAGAAUUGUAUAUAUUUGCAAACUGCGUAGUCUCUUGCAGUUUUUUUUUUAAUUUGAUGAAUAGGUGUCAUCAAAUCUCAUGUGAGUAUUGUAUACUUGGUUUUCCAAUCCAGUGUACUGUAUAGUAAUGACACAGACCCGUUCAAAUCGUUUAGUUUUCAUAAAGAUCCUGCGCGUAACCUGUACAUAACGUGGUUAGAUUUAUGCCCUUCUGCGGGUUAAAUCGUCGGUGGCUCUUGAAAACGCCUAAGUAAAACCCCAAGGGUUGAUAAUUGUAAGAUAUUUGCACUUCAUACUUUAGUAUUCUGGGUUGGUGCAGAUGAUUUAAAUGUAAGCACUCUGUGUUGUUGUUCACUGAAAUCUCUAUUUUAGGAGAGGUGCUAUUUAUUUCCCUGU